CCUUUGACUCGCAGACAUGGAGCGCACUUUCCGCCAGCAGCUCUGCUUCCUGCUCUUGAGUCUGUGUGUCCUCAAGGGAGACUGCAGAUACAUCGAGGACAACGACAUCCUGAAAGAUGAAUUGUACUCCUUUUUCAACUCGGAGCUGCGCAGGGAAACCCCACAGGAGUCAAUCAUGUACCGCCGACCACUGCGUUGUUUGGACAUGGUGGCCGUGGAGGGUCGCUUCACCUUCACAGCGGAGCAUCCUCAGCUCAGCUGCGCCGCUUUCUUCAUGGCCGAGCCCGACGAGGUCGUCAGCGUGGAGUACGACAGCGUGGACAUCGACUGCAAGGGUGGAGACUUCAUCACGGUGUUUGACGGCUGGGUGAUGAAGGGGGAGAAGUUCCCCAGCUCCCAGGACCACCCGCUGGCCCCGCACGAGCGCUACGUGGACUACUGUGACUCGGCCUCCCUCAGGAGAAGCGUGCGCUCCUCACAGAACGUGGCCAUGAUCUUCUUCCGUGUGCACAACGCCGGCAGCGGCUUCAGCCUGACCAUCAGGAAGCUGGCCAACCCCUUCCCCUGCAAUGUCAUCUCGCAGUCGCCAGAGGGCAGCCACACGAUGGUGAUCCCCCAGCAGCACAGGAACUGCAGCUUCUCCAUCAUCUACCCCGUGGAGAUCGACAUCUCUGAAUUCACGCUGGGGCUCCGCAGCAACUUCCCGAAGAGAUCCAUGGCGGGAUGUGCGUCCGAAACGGGGGAUUUUGUGCAACUCCUGGGAGGAAGCGGUCUGGACACCUCCAAGCUGCUGCCCAUCACGGACCUCUGCGCCGCCUCUGCUGGUCCCAGUAAGUACUGCAAUGCUGUUCUUACCAUGUCCAUUGAAGUAAAAAAAAAAAAAAAAGUCGAGUGUUGGUGUUUGCGCAGCCCACGUGAAGGUCGGCUGCGACAACACGGUGGUGCGGAUGGUGUCCAGCGGCAGGUUCGUCAACAGGGUGUCCUUCAGCUACCGCCUGCUGGACAGCCAGGAAGUGCAGCGGCUCAAAGUCAACAAUGUGGAGGAUUUUUGCUUCAACAACUAGAACACGGGGCUUGAUUGACGACCUUGUGUGUUCUCUUUGCGGCCACACAACCCAAAGACCAACAUGACAUCCAUGGAGAUGUGCUCCAAAGGCUGUGUUUUAUGUUUAUUGUGUGUGUGUGUGUGUGUGUGUGUGUGUGUGAGUGUAUUUAUUGUCUGAGUGAUGCGCCGGUCUUUCAUUCAAUAAAAAAAAACACAUUUCCAUUAUGCAUUGCAAUUUGUAUACACUACUUCUUUUGUAAUAAAAUAAAAGUGCAUGAUAAAGCCUCGC